GGCUCCUCACAGCGCCCCGCACCUUCCUCACAGCGCCCGGGGCCCCUCACAGCGCCCAGCCCUGCCGAGCACCUCGGGCUGUGGGGCAGCUCCGCGCUUGCUCGGCCUGGCCCCUCCGUUAAGGACUGAGACCCCGCCGCGGCCCCGCACGGCUCUCCGAGCUCCUCCUGCUGUCCCUGGGCCGUGCUCGGCACCAGCUGUGGCCGAGAACGGCCUGUGGUCCCCCGGGGAAUGUGCGGUGGCACAGCCCCUCUGCCCCCCGCCGUUGAAUAGUCACAGAACCGAAGCACAGCAGCCCAGGCUGGUCUGGAGUUAAAGGGAUCUUAAAGUUUAUCCCGUGCCACGCCCUGCCGUGGCCAGGGACAACUUCCACUGUCCCAGGAUGCUCCGAACCCCGUUCAACCUGGCCUUGAAUACUUCCAGGGAUGGGGCUGCCACCCCCUGAAUCACAACCUCAAAAUACUUUCAGUAUAAUUAAAUGAUCUGUGUAGUUUUACUUUCGCAAAAGGCCCACAGCUGUCUGGGAGAGAGAGAGGUCCAUGAAUGACAGCGGGGUAGUGCAGUGGAAACUGAUUUUCCCCUUCUCAGCAGUCUGCAUGUUUUGUAGUGGUUGAACCUCACCUCUAAUGAUCACUCAGUCACCCUGAGAAACGCAGCUCAGUCAGCCUCGCUUGAGGGACCUCAAUGCAAAGGUCACUCCACACACUCAACAGUAACUUUUAGAUGUAGCUAUUACUGCUUUUGGCUACAGACUGUCACUACACUCUUCAGUGGAAUAACAAGAAGAUUAACGGUUACCUGAUAUGUUAAUAAUCUAGACUUUGGAGUUUUCUUUUUGCACAGAUCCCUUGCUUUUGCUUUUCUCAGAGAUGUGUUUUUGGGAAUCCUUCACACCACUGAGCAACACCAAGCUUCUUAUCUGUGGAGGAAUUAAUCCCAAAAUAAUGUGUACAAAAUAAAUGUGUUUGCACUUCUGUAUUGCUUGAAAACAUUUUCAGGUUGUGAUUCAGGUGGUGGCUGCCCCUGGUUCCCUGGCAGUGCCCAAGGCCAGGCUGGACAGGGCUUGGAGCACCCUGGGACAGUGGAAGGUGUUCCUGGCCAUGGCAGAGGUGGCACUGGUGGCUUCAAGGUCCCUCCAGCUCAUACUAUUCUGGGAUUCUGUGAUUUUUCCAUCUCUUGUUUCCAUCAGUAGUUUAUGUGAGACACGGGGAGUACCUGCAUGUCUAAGGCAAGAUGAAGUGAGAGAGGGAGACAGUCUGCAGGGCCAGCUGCUGUGAGGGUAUCACCUCAGAUACAAUUAGCAGUGUAGUCCUCUCUCGUGGUGCUUGCUUGGCUGGACACAUAAACCAACCCGAAAAGAGUUUCUUCCACAUGUUUCAGUAAAUAUUUCACUUCAUUGGAAAUCCAGUUGUACCAUUUGGACACCAUUAUGACUAUUUUAUUUUGUGUAAUGAGUUGUCUAGGAACUGGGAAAUCUGACAUGGAGAAGACAGCUGUCUCAUAAAUCAGAGCUUUCCUUUUUCUAGCUAGAUCUAGUUUAAGUGGUUCUACACUAUUUUCCUAGGUGUGUAGUCACCUUCUGCAUUGCAAGUCCAUUGAAUGACCUAUAAAUAACACCUGAUACAACUCUUCAGUUUUAGAACUGUCUUUUGAAUUGAAAUUUUCAUAUUACACUGCUGCCUUUACCUAACAUUUCAUUACAUUUUGUCCUUUACUAGCAAUUUUAGGUAACAGUGGAACCAACAGGAAAAGAGAGACUGUCAGAAGUAGAGAUGAUGAAAGAGGACAGGGAUCACAGAUUCAGAUUUCUAGAGCCACUUCUGUAGUGAGUGAACAAUGUGAAACCAAGGAGUGCUGCCAUGGGACUGUUCCUGUUGAGUGAAUUGACCCAGACAGAUUCCUGUUGAAAGUCUGUCAUUCCCAGGAACUCUUCACUGUUCUGCUGGGGCUCUGCUCUCACCAGCACCCGAGUGUGCCUGGCCCCUGGCCCUGGGCAGGGCUGCUGCAGCAGUGGCACUGCACACCAGCUCUUGGCAUUCUGGGAACCCACAUGGGUUCAUUUUUGGAGGUUCUGAACCCUCCAGUUGCAGCUGCAGGCUGCAGAAGCUGUGGCUGCUUGGCCCCUUUGUGACUGAAACUUCUACCAACACACUAAAGAAAGGUGUGCAAAAGAGAGUUUUAGGCUCCACAAUGUACCUUGGUGGAUUUUCCCAAACUGUGUACAAAUCUUUUGAAAUCCCAUUUCUUUUUUUCUUUUUUCUUUUUCCUCCAAAAACUUAGAAUCACAGAACAGAUCCGGUUGGAUUUUAAUUUUAAGGAUACUUUGUUUCUAAAUAAUUGGGAGGUUUUUUUAAAUUAAUCCCUAGCCUCAUUAAUGGAAGGGAUUUUUUUAACAAGAUAUGCAGGAAAGUGAUGGGAAUAGAUGAAAGCCCUUUUUUUCAUCAGCUACUACUUAGUGCUUGAAAUUGAUUUUGAGAUAAGAUCUAUUUUAAAGCUAGAAUAAGAUAUCGUAUUCUAUUUUAUAUACAUUUUUUUGUUUACCUCGUGUAAGAUAAAUAAACAGAAUCUUUGGGUUUUAGUUGAUUACAUUUUUAGUUGAUUACAGCUGAUUAUAUUUAUAUGAACUUAUUUUUGUUACGGUUUUGAGACAUUACUUUUAAUGCAGUUAAUUUAUACUUGCUAAAAAUACUUCAGUGACAUUCUGUAUUUUUACUGGGUAAGAAGAACUGUUUUAUGCAGAUAACAAUGAUAGGCCCAGAUAACAGUGGAACAUUUCUAUCUAAUUCUCUUUUCGUGGCAUUUCAAAAUCAAUGUAUCAGUUUAAUUGUAAUUAAUCUCACUUCACAAAAUUCUCUCUGUGGCUCUGUGUUUGUGUUGUGCAUGCAGACACACACAAAUAAAUACCUGUUUACUUGUUGCUAACAGGAAAUGAGGUGAACAGGAAGAGCAAAGCUGGGAGAGUCAGUUAUUAGAACAUCAGGCUGGUGCGGCCUGUUUGCCUCAAUCCCUUUAAAGCCCGGGCAGACGCAGAAAGCAGUUUAGGGAUGAUUAUCGGCAUAGUCCCCGAGGCACUCCCCGCACCGUUUAGGUUAAUAAAAGAUCGUUGCUGGCUCCUCCCAGAUUACCGUCCCCGAUCCAAUUAGCCACAGGAAACACCAGGGGAAUUCAUUCAGCUUCCCUGUAAAACGUGACUGCCCUGCACCGUGUUUCUUGUGGUUGAUACUGCAGCAAUGAAGGGAUCAGCACUCACUCAUUCUUUUUGCAGGGUAACAGGUACUGCGAUGGCUGCAGGAGUUCUGCUGCAAAAUGAGCAACCGUACUCCUCGCUGAUAGAGAGCAGUGUGUAUCUGGCAAAUAUGAGUUCAGGGAGCUCGAGGCGCCCCACGGCCAAGUACACGAAGGUGGGGGAGCGGCUGCGCCACGUCAUCCCCGGGCACAUGCAGUGCUCCAUGGCCUGCGGUGGCCGUGCCUGCAAGUACGAGAACCCCGCGCGCUGGGCCGAGCACGAGCAGGCCAUCAAGGGGCUCUACUCCUCCUGGAUAACAGAUAACAUCCUGGCUAUGGCUCGACCCUCAACAGAAUUAAUUGAAAAGUACAACAUUAUUGAGCAGUUUGAAAGAUGUGGUAUAAAAACCAUAAUUAACCUUCAGCGUCCUGGGGAGCACGCGAGCUGUGGGAACCCCCUGGAGCGGGAGAGCGGCUUCACCUACCUUCCUGAAGCCUUUAUGGAGGCUGGCAUUUAUUUUUAUAAUUUUGGAUGGAAGGAUUAUGGAGUGGCAUCUCUUACAACUAUCCUUGACAUGGUAAAGGUGAUGUCUUUCGCCCUGCAGGAGGGGAGGGUGGCUGUUCACUGCCAUGCAGGACUUGGGAGGACAGGUGUUCUAAUAGCUUGCUACUUAGUUUUUGCCACCAGAAUGAGUGCUGACCAAGCGAUUCUGUUUGUCAGAGCCAAAAGGCCCAAUUCCAUUCAGACCCGGGGGCAGCUGCUGUGUGUCAGGGAGUUCUCCCAGUUCCUGGUCCCUCUCCGCAACGUCUUCGCAUGCUGUGAUCCCAAGGCACACGCAGUCACCCUGUCCCAGUACCUGACCCGCCAGAGGCACCUACUCCAUGGCUACGAGAGCAGGCACCUCAAGCACGUGCCAAAACUCAUCCACCUGGUGUGCAAGCUGCUGCUGGACCUGGCUGAGAACAGACAGGUGGUAGAGGCAGAGCUGCUGGACAUCCCAGACCUCUCGGCUGAGAUUGAGAAGACUGUGUCCCAGCUGGCAUCCACAGAGCUCGAGCAGGAGCUGGCCAGGCAGGACAGCGACACGUCGGACUCGUCCUGCACCCACUCCUCUGCUCUCGACAGCCAGGACUCACAUGUCUCCCUGGGACACGAAUGUGAUGCUUUCUAUAAAAGAAGGAAUGUCGAAUGCCUUCAGCCUCUUACUCAUCUGAGAAGGCGUCUGAGCUACAGUGAGUCAGACCUAAGGAGAACUGAGUUUCUUUUGGAACAGGAUGACACUGCCUGGACAGUGCCUGCUCAGAUCUUAGCGAACAACAAGCCCAAGCAGAACAGUGGGGAGGAAUGUUCUGCCACAGGUGAGGCAAAGCCACAGCUGGAGUUAAACAAAGAAGCAUUAGUGCGUAACACAUGCAUGUUCUGGAGUCAAGGGAGAUUUCAUUUGGAUGGACGAAGGGAUGGCUCCUAUCACAGAAGGAGCUCUACCAAAGAAGUACAACGCAGCAGGACCUUUUCCUCAGGCCUCGCAUCCAUGCACAGUCCCAAGGAACCUGAGAUGCCAAGGCACAGCUUUGCCAAUGAGACUGCUCGCAGGAAGGACCACAAGACCAAUAUUUAUGGCAGGAGAGUCUAUCUCUCCGAGGACUCUGACUCUUCUUCUUCCUCUUCCAAAGUGAACUUUUCCAUUGGAUAUGAAAGUGAGAGUAGCAGAGAGCUGUCAGAGACAAUUCCACACAUUGUUCUGCAGUCAGAAUUAAGUUUGGAAGCCCGAAGAGUUUUGGCAGCCAAAGCACUUGCAGAUAUAAAUGAAUUUCUGGGAGAGGAUGAAGUGAAGCAGAAGGUAGAAAUGUGGCAGAAAGAACUCAAUUCUCAAGAUGGAGCUUGGGAUAAAAUCUGCACCGAGAGAGAUCCUUUUGUCCUCUGCAGCUUGAUGUGGUCAUGGAUAGAGCAGCUGAAAGAACCUAUUAUAUCCAAAGAAGAUGUUGACAUGCUGGCAAAAAAUUGCACAGAAUCCCAGGAUGCGCUCUACUUGCUGGGAAAGGAGCAGUGUCAGACCAUCCUUUGUAUUUUACACUGUGUGGUGAACCUGCAAGAGCUGCCCGCUGAUGUGGAGGAGGCCUUACUUGCUCGUGCUAUUAAAGCUUUCACCAAGACAAGCUUCGACUCUGAGAAUGGGCCAUAUGUUUACAAUACCUUGAAAACUGUAUUUAAACAAGCACUGGAAGAAAAAAGGAAAAGGAUUAAAGAAGGAACAGAGAAUCCUUCUUGAUUUCUACACAGCUCUGCCGAAGCAUUAGAUGGGCCUACCAAAUUAUUUUGCAUUUUCCAGCUACUGUAUUUUGUGCUACCCAGCAUUAUUUACCUAACUUUAGGUAAUAGAAGUUAUUAAUAAAUAAUUUUAUUUUUUAGAGGGAGUUUUAGUGGCAGUUGUUCAGUCUACAUAGUUUUAAAGAACGGCUCCAUGUGACCAUUCUCUGUAGCAUUUUGUUUCAGGUACUGGUCUUUUAUGUUGUGAAGAGUUCUCCUAUUCUCAGAUGUGUUUAUUGAUGUGGAAACCUCUGUUAUUGGCAAGAAAUAUUAUUGUCAAGUUACAUGACUGCCAUGAGUUCAGUGCCAUGAUCCCCAAAGGUUUAAUGGAUUAAUAUUUAUGUAUUACAUAUGUUUACAUUAAUGAUAUUUGAUUUCAUUUUGCAGAAAAUAAAUAUUGACUGAAAAAA